CAUGUCAUCACGCCGAUCGCGCUCGCAUUGAUCUUUAGCGAAACAUUAAAUAAGUUGUUUGUUUAUAAAUACAAAAUCUAAUAACGAAUACUAAAUUCAAAUAGAAUCUGGAAGAUCCUAGUGAGAUGGAUAAAAUUUCAUUUCACUGGAACAACAACACCGAUCUAUUUUCUAUGUAUUCUAUGUUAGAUACUUGGUGAUACAGUGUGACACAAAGACGACGCGACGACGACGACGAUGCGACGGUAUGCCUUCAAGAUAGUUUAGAACUCAGAGCUCCAAAUGGAAUGAAAUUGGCCUCACCAAAAAUUCUUUGAAAAUAUGAUCGCUUAGUGUGUUUGCUUGUAGGUGUCUGAGAUUUAGUUUAAAAAUAUUACGCGGAGAUGCUGGGUUGAUUUUGCGUUCGUUAAGAUUUUUUGUUAUUCUGUUGUGUCGUUUUUUUUGUUUGAAAAUUUGAAAAAUGAUCGUGCGAAUUCUUAAGCGAGGUGUGGGAUUUUAAGUGUUAAUGCAUGUGGUAUGUUUUUAAAAUGGUUAUAAGAUUAUAUACAUGUGCUGUGAAGUGAGAUAUGUGAAAAGAUUUCGCGGUAACGCUAAUUCAUACAAGAAUAGGUCAACGCAAACGCGGAACUCCUACGAGAAUCACAAAAGUCCAUCUGGUUGGUAUUGAAGCUGACAAACAAAACAUAAACUUGUAUUUUGCUUUGCCUUCAACACCGCCGCCGAGUCGGUCGCUCAGUUCGUCUGUAACGUUUGAAGCCGGCUGCACUUAAUUGGAUUUCAUUCAUGUGUUUGCACGUAUAGAUAUAAUAGAUAUAGAUAAAGAUACAAAAUUGCUAUACCUACCUACCUAUUCGAUCAGACACUUGAGUAUUGGGAGGUCUUGACGUAAAGUUUUCAGUUUGUCACGAAAGUUGGUUUAUUCUGUUUUCUUUACUCCACACACUCCACUCCACAAUCCCCAGUGAUCGGACCUUUGUAUCGCUAACAAAUUCUAUGAACCUUCGGCUUUAUGCGUUCAGUAUCGAUUAGUGUCUCAAAUAUUUUAGAAUACGAUUAACUAUUUCAAUGUACUUAGGUUCGGAUUUUUUGUUUUGUAUUUCUCGGUGCAAAUUAAGAACAAAUACCUAUUUUUCUUUGGAAUGUGUUCAGAUCGGUUGUAAUUUUAAAGGCUGUGGUAGUUUACAAAAUAAAUCCAGUUAAUGUAUAUGUAUGUAGUGUAGGUAGGUACGCACCUACCUAUACGCGAAAAAGAUACCUACGAAGCGAAGAGAAAAAAGGAAAGAGAACAAAAUAACAUACCGCUACUGGAUCUACAACCUGUUUUCGAUCUGUGUUUUCAUCUUGUUCAAAAGUAUCUCUCAAAACCGAAAAGAAAAAUAUGUCUGUUAUGAUGCGAACAUCGUCUGCUUUUCUAGAUGAAAAUAGUGUGCAAUACAUAAAGAUACGUAAUUGUCAUUGCUGUCCAUAUGGCUAUCAUAUUGAUUUGGACUUUGUCCGCUACUGCGAAUCACUGGCCAACGCCAAACCCACAGAAGAACAACUGCGGCGCAGAAGUAAACGUCGUUCAAGAAAGUCGAUGGAGUUUAUGCUCGGAAUAGAGAGUCUCUUGGAGCAUUGGGAACCAGCUCAAAGAGUUCAGCCUGUACCAGAGGCCUUAGAGCCAGAAUCUCCAAGGUUAGUUGCUAUUGACCCUAAAGUACAACAGUGUAUCUACAAAAGUGACUCAUUGACAUCAGCUUCAUCCAUCACUGGUGCCGGAGACAAAAAUAAAUUCAGUGGCAUUCAGCCAAAUACAGAAGCAUCAUCACAGAGUCCACCUGAGGAAACAUCUAUAUUUUUGCACGACGCUCUGGAUGAAGUUGUCAGUGACUUUGAACGAACUCUAGAACGUACAUCUACCAAGAGGAAACAAAAACGCAGCUGCCAUUCUUGGGAUGAGUUCAAUGAUGCCAUUGAUUCAUGUGUUGCUAGCCACAAAUCACGUGCCUCGAAGCAAAAGCAGCAAGAAAAUGAAGUUGUUCGCUCAAAAGUUCCACCACCGCCACCUCCAAGACGAUUCAAAGAUCCUGAUGGUUCCUCGACGAAAAACCAAAUAUCUCCAGGAGGAACUGUUUCGGAGGCUUUUACUUUGCACAGCAUACGUCAACAAAUGGCCAUCAGCCUAAAUCGAAUGAAAGAUUUGGAAGAACAAGUCAAGAGUAUUCCUGGACUACAAAACCAACUAGCACAAUUAAGCUAUGAAAAGCAGCAGCUUCAAAAAGAGCUUCAACAUAACAAAGAUGAACUGGUCAAAAUCAAAGAACAAGCCACUGCCUCUCCAGUACACCAAACAUAUUGCAGUUCAAGUCCUAGGCAUUCAUCACCUGUCAACUUUACUCCACAACGCAUCAGUCCUAUUUCACUUGAAAGUCUCGGCACCCGACUAAAAAGCAACACCUCCCCUCCAAGUGACCAAUUACGAACUAUUAAUCAAGUACUUAAACGUGAUGUUGGCAUUAUGUGUGUUUCACAUACUCGAGAUGUUGGUAGCGGAAGCACUCCCAUAUUCCGUCGUAGUGUAGGCACGAAUUCGUCUUCCCAUUCGGAAUCGGGGGACAUUUUUGACAAACUAUACACAAAACAAGAGCUCAAUGAACACGUUCAAAUUUGUAUCAAGGAAUACAAAGAAAAGUCGAACAGUCAGAAGAAGGUAAUGGUCUCUGUUGGUACACAGGUCCUAACAGAACCUAAGAAAGAAUUAAGACAUAUUUCGGUUCAGACUAUUACCGAACGGCCAGUUCCAAAGUUUUCUAUAGGUGUAAUGGCGCGACCAAGCCUUCGAGAUGUGAUGGUUUCAUGUAGACCUGAUGUACGAACGAUUUCCUGUUCAGAUCACCGCACAACUGAUCAGCUGUGCGAUAAAUGCACCUUACCAAGAAGAUCUGUUGCGAGCGGUCCUGAUUUAGACGAAGAAAAGAAACGACCGCUUUCCUUAAAACUGUUGGAUAUGCCGGGGCGCAGUCAUACAUUUAGCUUGGGAGAAAAUGAAAAAUUUGACAUUAAACGAAAAACUAUUGGAACUCAAAGUCAAUGGACAACCAAUUCCAUUGGAAUGCAGACAUCGUUCUCAGUGACUUCAAUUGGAGUUCAAAAUGUUCCCCAUCAAAUAUGUGAAUCCUCCCAGUGUAGUGUACAAAAUGAAAGCCGUCAAACGGACACAAAUGAUCUUAUUAAACUUCGCACAACUCACGUCAACACUGAUGAACAACCUAAGCCUAUAAAACCUAGCACUACAAAUAGCUUCUCCAACACAGACCUCAUAAGAACAAUAGAUCAUGGCGUAAAUACUGUUCCGCAGGUUGUGUUAAAACAUACUUCGUCCAACACCGAAAAACUUCAUACUCGUGAAAUCGCCUGUGGUGACAUUGUCAAACCACAUAUUUCCAUUGCAUGUGCUGAUAAUUAUUGUGAUUCGUGCAAAGAUGCCAUAAAGAAUUUGGCUAAGGACUUUUCAAGAGCUCAACGAAGUUCUUCACUGACAAGAGACUCCUCAAAGAUUCCCAGACCUAAACAUCUAUCCAGUCCCAGUCCUGUGAGAAAAAAAUUUGUACGUCAAAACACUUAUACCAUAUCACCAUCACCAAGCAAUAGUUCUGUUUCGGAGGAAAAGCCAAUGCCAAGUAUCUUUGAUGAAAAUUCAUCUCACCUUAUCAGCCUGGAGUCAAAAAGCUUACUUGCAACUCCAUUAAGUGCAAUUGCGAGAAAUGAAAGCAACGAAAUGAAACAAAAACGCAUCCUUGAAAAUAUUUCUAGCGAAAAUGAGAAAAUUCGAGAAAUGUGCCAUGAGGAUGGCAUUGGUGAUAUCAAAGAUGAUCUUAUUGUAAAAGAAGAAACCCGAGUGAGGAUAUCAUGGUCGAGAGAAAAUUCACCAGCUCCGUCCACUUCGACUUCAUCUACUGUGCAGACUGUUGUCGAGAAAUUUGCUGUAAAUGAAGAUGAAGAAAAGAAAGAUGCAGAGGGAGAAAUAGCUAAGGGAAUUGAGGAAUGUCCUGCUGAGGGUUUGAUGAGUGAAAAUAUCCAUACAAGAAUUGAACCUCAACCAGCUACUAGUCAAAGAAAUCAACGUGAAGUGCAAACGAUGAUAAUGAACCAAAUUGUAUCACAAGAAACUGCUCCCAGGGAAAAGAUUUUCCCUUCAAAAGAAAUGCAAGCUGCUCUUAAAGUUAUAAAUGAUUCACUUCAAAAGUUCGCCUCGAAGACCAGUGAUCAUAAAAGCGCUACAGCAGUUGUUCAGACGGAAUGGUUCCACAUUUCGAGUACUGAUAUGGCAAAUCCAUUGAUUGUUGAAGAUUAUCUAGAUUGUUUUGAAGAGUUUUCAAUAGCUUUGCUUAAGUAUGUUGUGAAUUUAAUGGAUACUAAUGGUAAUACAGCAAUGCAUUACGCAGUCUCGCAUGGUAAUUUUGAUGUUGUAUCCAUAUUGUUGGAUUCUAAGGUUUGUAAUGUAAACCAAAUGAAUAACGCAGGAUACACAUGUGUUAUGCUUGUCUCACUGGCUAAAUUACAAAACUCAGCACAUCGGACAGUCGUUCAACGAUUGUUCCAGAUGGCUGAUGUAAAUAUACGCGCAAAAAAGCACUGUCAAACUGCCCUAAUGCUUGCUGUUUCCCAUGGAAACCUGGAUAUGGUUGAAAUGUUGUUAGGCGCUGGCGCUGAUAUCAACAUUCAAGAUGAGGAUGGUAGUACGGCUCUAAUGUGUGCUGCAGAACACGGAAGAGUGGAUAUUGUCAAACAUUUGUUAUCGCAAUCAGAUUGUGAUUCAUUAAUUCAAGAUGUGGAUGGAAGUACUGCCUUUAAAAUCGCAUGGCAGGCAGGCCAUAGAGAUAUUGGUCUCCUUCUUUAUGUUCACGAACAAAUGCUGCGCAGUAAAAUGCCAAGCAAGCCUGAGCAACGAACUUCAUCACUGUCACCUCGUCACCAUAAACGCCAUCCUUCACAGUAACAACACUUUGAAAUAAAUUAAAUUAGGAUAAAAUAAGUCAUUUGAGACUAGAAAGGAAAUAGCAUUUUUGUCUGCCGAAAAAUUAAAUUAUCCGAAGUGAACAGUAAAAAAAUUAUACCAGCCGAGAUCUAUUAUAGAACUAACAUUAAUUAAGUAGAUUCAAAUAAAAUUACCGUUAAAUUCGCACUAUGUUCCAUUUUUCGAACUAUCUAUUUUGACACGAAUUAUAAAAAGAAACACACAGAAUUUUCAAAUUGGAGCAUACAUAUACAUACAUGUGUAUUAGUUUUAUUAUUUUGUCUACGGCAAAAAUUCGAUUUAUGUAAAUCUUAAAGAACACAUUCCACAACAUAUCAGCGGUAAAGCGUUAAAGUAACUUUCCCAUUAUGCUUGAUUUGUGAAAAGAAAAAAAAUAUUCAAGUAAUACAUAUACAACAAUGUAUGUAUAUAUUUUUACAAAAAAUGCAAUUUUCAAGCCAAUCCCUUUUGGAAAAUUUAGUAUAAUGUAGCAAUUGUUGUUUAAAACGAGUUAAUUAAUGUAAAAUAAUUAUCACAACUAACAUUCAACGAAUAUUAAGAAUUCUUGCAAGAGUGUUUUUUUUUUUAAACCUCACUCGAUAAUAUUUUAAACAAAUCUGAAACCUUCUCCAUUUCAUUAUAAUACAAAAUUUUAUCUGUGCCUUUGUCAAUCUAUCAACAUUGAAUUGAUGUUGAAUUACUAAUAUUCUACAAUAUUUACACAAAAGUAAAAAAAUAUUUAUAUCUGAUUAAAACUUAACAUCAAGAAGAAUAAAAAUUCAAUUUAAUGUAACACAGCGUUGAAAAUAAAUUAUUUAUCAAAUUAAUAGAAGAUUCGUUGUAAGCGAAGGUAGAGGAAUCAAUAAAAACAAACUUUAACAUAAUACAAAAUAUGAUCAAAUUAGUUGUUAAAUUAAAUGUAGAUUCGAUUAACUAAUAUAAUUGUAAAAAGUAAAACCUGUCAUUACAUAAAUUAUUAAAAAAUUAGAACAUAGUUAUCUAUGGAAAGUAUACUUAAACAUUUAUAUAGAUUUAAAUGAUAAUGAAAUGUUCUUGUAGAAAAGUUUUAUUAACUGAGAUGUAACUAAAAUUAUUUAAUUAAUAAAUACAUUAAUAAAAACUUUUGUUUGGUUAAA